ACUUUGAGCAGGGGGUUGGACUAGAUGAUCUCCUGAGGUCCCUUCCAACCCUGAUAUUCUAUGAUUCUAUGCCAGUAAUUGACUUCUGACUUUGUUUGGAGAGGGGAAUGGGUUCAAUGUCCUUUAUGUGAGAAUCAAUAAUGUUCUAUGCCUGUUGCUGUGACUUUGGCCAAUAAUCAAGCAAGGGCUCCCACGUUUUUCCAAAAAAAACACAGGCUGUAUUAAACAUUAACAGAACCAACCUGCUCAGAAGGCUCCUGUUGCAGAGGGCUUGCUUUUCCCUCGCCUCUGGUGAAGGCCUUGUGGAUUACAGCAUGGGAAGAUUGACCAGGAAGAACGCUGAUGAUCCCAGGAAGAAGCCUCUCUUUGUUCUUGCUGCUGUCUUGUUGCUCAGCUCAGCAUGUGCAGGGCAUGAGACCUAUGUCCCAGCGCAGCCCUGCUCUGACUUUCAGACUGCAAGCUUCUUACAGGGCAUGAAACUUAAGGUCCAGUUUCUUCUGUUCACCUCCUCAAACCCCAGCUGUGGGCAGCUGAUAUCACCUGGCGAUGGCAUCAAGAACUCCAGCUUCAAUACUAGCCUGGACACCAAGAUAAUAAUUCAUGGCUUCACAGCACUGGGCAAAAAGCCCUCCUGGAUCAAUGGACUCAUGGGUGCAUUAUUCCGAGCUGCCAAGGUGAAUGUGGUCGCAGUUGACUGGGUUAAUGGAGCUACAAGAACCUACCCUGGUGCUGUGGAAAAUGUCAUAGAGCUGAGCAUAAAGAUCUCUCUUUUCAUCAGCAAGUUGCUGAAACUCGGAGUGUCAAGGACAUCUAUCCACCUCAUUGGGGUGAGCCUUGGAGCACAUGUUGCAGGUCUGGUGGGGCAGUUCCAUGGAGGCCAGCUGGGAAGGAUUACAGGGCUGGAUCCUGCGGGGCCCAAGUACACAAAAGCCGGCCGUGAGGAGCGCCUGGAUCCUGGAGAUGCUCUCUUUGUGGAAGCCAUUCACACCGAUACAGACAGUUUUGGUAUCCGGAUUCCUGUAGGCCAUAUUGAUUACUUCAUCAAUGGAGGCAAAGACCAGCCUGGAUGCCCCCGGUUCACCUCAUUAGGGUAUAACUAUCUGAUCUGUGAUCACAUGAGGGCGAUACAGCUCUAUGUCAGUGCCCUGGAGAAUUCCUGUCCUUUGAUGGCGUUUCCAUGCUCAAGUCAUGAAAAUUUCCUUGCUGGCCACUGCCUGGACUGUAGCAAUCCUUUCCUGCUCUCCUGUCCCAGAAUAGGGCUGUUGGAGCGCGGUGGAGUCAGCAUGGCAAAGCUCCCCAAGGAGAUGAAGGUUUACUUGGUGACUGCCUCCUCAGCCCCGUACUGCAUGUACCACAGCCUGGUGGAGUUUCACUUGCAGCAGAACAGAAGCUUGGUCACCAAACUUGAGAUCACCUUCCGCAGCAGCAACUCUACAGCCAGCGUGAAGAUCACCAUGUGA